ACAGGUCUUCUUCUCCAUUUUUUCUCCUUCAAUUCUCAGCGGUGAAAAUGGUGAAGGGUUUCUCUUUCCUCGUCGUUCUCUCUCUUAUAGCCGCCACGGCGAUUGGCAGCGAGGUCCUCUCCGGAGAAUCGGAGGGAGAUUUUAUAAUCCGUCAGGUUGUCGACGACGGAGGAGUCAACGGAGGAAGUAAUGGCGACGAUCUGCUACUCGGAGCCGAGCACCACUUUUCGAUCUUUAAGCGAAGGUUUGGGAAGUCGUACGCCUCCAACGAGGAGCAUGAUCACCGGUUCAGGAUCUUUAAAGCUAACCUGAGGCGAGCUCGACGCCACCAGGCUCUUGAUUCCUCUGCUACUCAUGGCGUCACUCAGUUUUCUGAUUUGACUCCAUCGGAGUUCAGGAGAUCGUUUCUAGGGCUUAGAGAUCGUCUUCGUCUCCCUGCGGAUGCUAACAAGGCCCCUAUUCUUCCUACGGAUGAUCUCCCAACCGAUUUCGAUUGGAGAGAUCACGGCGCUGUCACGGAAGUCAAGAAUCAGGGUUCGUGUGGAUCGUGCUGGAGUUUCAGUACAACCGGUGCUCUUGAAGGCGCUAACUUCCUUGCUACUGGAAAACUUGUUAGCCUGAGCGAACAACAGCUCGUAGACUGUGAUCACGAGUGUGAUCCAGAAGAAAAAGACUCCUGUGAUUCUGGCUGCAAUGGAGGGCUAAUGAACAGUGCAUUCGAGUAUACACUGAAAGCCGGUGGACUUAUGCAAGAGAAAGACUACCCAUACACUGGUACAGAUCGUGGAACCUGCAAAUUUGACAAGAGCAAAAUUGCUGCAUCAGUGGCCAACUUCAGUGUUGUAUCCCUUGAUGAAGAACAAAUUGCUGCCAAUCUCUUGAAGAAUGGCCCUCUUGCAGUUGCUAUCAACGCCGUAUACAUGCAGACAUAUGUAGGAGGCGUUUCUUGCCCAUACAUUUGCUCAAAGCGCUUGGAUCACGGAGUUUUGUUGGUUGGUUAUGGGUCUGCUGGCUAUGCUCCCAUCCGAAUGAAAGAGAAGCCUUACUGGAUCAUUAAGAACUCGUGGGGAGCGAAAUGGGGGGAGAAUGGAUUCUACAAAAUCUGCAGAGGUCGCAACGUCUGUGGGGUCGAUUCCAUGGUAUCGACAGUGGCCGCAGUUCAUACCGCCGCAAACUAGUUUAUGGAGAAUUACUCUCACAGCUACAAUUCGUGUAUAUAUUACUGCAACAUUAUCACUGCCAUUUCUAGCAUUGGUGGGAGGGAUGUCUCUCUAAAAGUAGAAUUUAAAUUCUCUGGUUUAUCUAAUGCAUAGUUAUAUUUAGUUCUUCAAGCUAUUAUGGAGAAGGGAUUGCUUGUAAGCAAAAAAAACAAUCAUCUGUCAAUGAAUUGGGGUUGGUUGGCUCACCUGCUCAACUUGAUAGAGAUGCCAAUGAAAACUUGUCCCAAUGUAAAUGUCAACAAUGAUAGCCGAAAGAUGCUUUCUUGAUGUGUCA